CUGGCCACAAUCAGAGGCAACACGACGCGGUCGAUCUUGCGCCGGACGCGUCGCUGCGGGUGGAUCACUCAGUACCGCGCCGAACGCGUGACAGCAACAAAACCAGGAGCACCUCCUCAGCCUGAUCGAACUCGACGCCCUCCGCGUCCAGGUUGACGGCCUCGGCGUACGAGCGGUCGAGCGGCGAGAAAAAGUGCUUCCGCGUCGCCUUGGGGCCGAGCCGGCUCUGGUGGUACACGCCGUCGCUCAGCUGUUGCGAGUGGUCCUCGACGUGGCUCGCGCUCGCGCCGUCCGAUUUCUCGUUGUCCAUGUCUCUGAGUCGGGAUCGGGAUCGGAGGGGGACCGCUGAACGAACGCGGACAGGGAUUGGACCUGGGAUUGGGACUGGGCCUCGGAUUCACACCCCUGCGUCAAUUCCCGUUUUAAAACAUAGCCGCCCAUCUCCCAUGUCAAGCGACCCGGGGCAGCUGACCAGGGAUGGAUUUGGGAUAGUCGCGGUUACGUUGGGGGCGUGGGCCCGGUACGUGGUCGAAAUCGGACAAGCGAGGCUCGUGAAAUGCGCGCGAGGUGUCAAAGCGCGCAUUUGGAAGUAUGCUCCCGUAGCGCAAUAUACCACCCAUCGUCGAUCCCUGUUCCUAGCCGAUGGUCGCAGUGAGGCAAAGGUUGACUGAUAGUGAUACAGUGGCGGUGCCGGGACCAUCACAUAACUAGAAUUUCGAUAACGGAUGAUGGACGCCCACGAACGGCUUCAUGGGACCGCGAUUCAAUUGGAGGGAUGACAUAGCCAGACGGAAAGGCCACACAC